AUGGUAAUUCUGAAAUUUGUGGCCAUCAUCCUCAUGGCAUGCAUGCAGAUGCAAUCAGGAAACUCUAUCGCUUUGAUGCAGCAAAAGUUAAAUUUUCUAACCAGUAAACUAGUAGUUAAAAAUCUAUCUUCUUUUUUCAGUCGUUUUGGAGAAUCUUUGUAUGGCAAUGUUAAAUUUGCCCACGGCGAAACACAACUGGAACACAUUUCCAAAAUAGAAGGAAAGAUCCCGAGGGGUAAAGGAAAUGAUCUAUGUGGUUCCUCGACUUGGAAGGUGGCCCAUGGUGAGUCUUCUAGUAAGAGGAAUCUUGAUAUUACUGGCCUGGAAAUGAUGAGUUGUAACCAUGGCACAGUAGUAUAUUCUGCCAAUUUGUUAAUGGGCGAAACCUUUAAGCACACCCAUCUUCAGCAUCUCAAAUCCCACGAAAUGGGGACAUAAUUUUUUUGCAAUGACGUCAAGUAUUGGCCUUUUGCAAUAAAAAUUGGUAAACUUUUUCCGGAAUACAAACAACCGACAGAGGAUAUGGUACCGUUUCUUUCUCGGUUUCAUGAGCUAGGCCAUUCGAGGAUAAAUAAAGAUAUAUUAUGUGGUUUAUAAAUUGUGUAACACAAUGGCUUUUAUUCUUAGGUUCUGUACAAUGGGCAUUGGGAGAAGGAUGGAGCUGACAUGCUAGGGGAAGAGCAAGAACAGGUGUUUUCUUACAUGGCGCGCCUAGGUCCGACUACUAAACAUCAAAGUAAAGCAAUUAAGAGAAAUGAUAUAACCAGCGCUAUCCUCUACUUCAAUGCAGACAAAAAGAAACGGGUGGUUACUGCUCUUUGUUUAUGGAUGAACAGGGCUAGGAGAAGAUCGCAUUUAUAUGAAAAUAAACUACAAAACAUUGUUGAACGUCGUGGUCUGAAGCAAGAAGACCUUCCUAUAAUACUUGAAAGAUUGAAGAAACAGGCAAAAAGUAGUAAACAUCCUACUGUUGACUGGGACGUACAACUACUUCAAAAAGAACUUGAAGGAGAGUGUCACAUGCCUUAAGUCCACACUCAUUAUACUUGGUCUUUUUUAGUGUCUAUCGGAGAAGACUAUGAGCUUGUCGACACUUGGAUCGCUCCGUUAUAAGGAAGCCAUUGUCCAAACUAAAAUGGAAAUGGGGGAAUUCAUCCAGUCUCUCACAUCCCUGUGCAAGGAUCUUGAGAGCGAUAUCGCUGACAACGAAAAAAUUAGGCCGGUUACCAUUCUCGAUUAUAGCCGUUCAGUGUUGGCCAACACAGAAAUCGCCCGUAUCUGUGGGAUCAUAGAUAGAGCUGUGCAUCAAUUCACGGACGCUCACAACCUAAAGUUUUUGGAGGAUUUUGAGAUUGAGCAGGAUGACUUUCUCGAACAAGUAGAGAAAGAGGAAGAUUUAUUGGAAGCUCUCCAAGAAUUAACGGAUGAAAAAAAUGAUGAAUUCAGCGAAGACGACUAUAGAGCAAGUGACUGACACGUACCACCAGUGUUUUACGAACGCACCUUGGUGUUUUACAGGGCAGCCACGGCCAAAGCGCCCACAACCUGAAAAGAGUUGCCAGAUUACCCUAUUUCACCAGUUUUCGAAAUUGAAAUCACCCUCUUGAUUUCCCUGUCCAAAAAAUCGAAAAAACCCUAUUUUUUACCCCCUUUUUUACUGAAAUACCCUAUUUUAACCCAUUUUUUUUCAUGAAAUCGAAUUUUACUAUGUAAAAAUGAUUAAC